AUGUCAUAUCAUUCUCUGUUUAAGUUUAUCAUAAUAGGAGAUAAUUGUAAUAAUAAUAUCAUAAUACGAAGAUGUUGGAAAAUCCAGCAUUUUGAAUUAAUUUUUGGAAUAGAAGUUUCGUGAGACAGGAUUAAAUGGGUUUGAAUUGCGAACCAAAAUUCUGGAUUUAGAGAAUAAAUAGAUCAAAUUAAAAAUUUGGGAUACUGUUGGAUUAUAUUGCUAUAAUUCUAUAACAAGAUAAUAUUAUAGAUCAGCAUAAGCAGCAAUUAUAGUAUAUGAUAUCACGAGUAGGAAAUCUUUUGAAAGUGUUAGAAAUUGGAUAAAAGAAUGUUAAACAUAUGGCACUUAGGAUAUGGUGAUAGUAUUAGUUGGAAAUAAAAUUGAUUUAGAAGAAUAGUAUAAUAUAAAUAAUAUAAAUGUCGUUAAGUUUCCAAAUCAGAAGGAUAGUAAUUAGCGAAUGAAAUAAAUCUAUUAUUUAUUGAAACAAGUGCAAAGGAUAAUUUAAAUAUUAUUGAUGUAAUAUCAACUAUAUUUUUUAGACAUUCUCAUUAGCAGCAUAACAAGUGUUUAAAAUUGUAUAGAAUAGUUAACAAAAGAAUGAACUACCAGGAGUCAGAAUUGGAUAAGCUUUUAAUUAAACAUAAAAUUAAUAAAAUAGUUCUAGUUCACGUGGAUGUUGCUGA